GAAAGGGUGAGGCCGCGGCGGCUGAGGCGGGCCGAGGGUUAGCUCCCGGGUUGGACAGCUGCGCCUUUCAGCCUGGGCCUCAGGGUCCCGGGGUCUCUAAAGAACGGGAGCGUUGACGUCCCUCCCACCACUGUGGUCAUCUCCCAGCCCAGCCCCUGGAAGAGGAGGGCAGCGCCAUCCCUGUGGGUCUUACCCAAUUAGCCCUACGUAUCAUUUUAUUAAGUGGAAAUGGCUGAGACCCUCCCCCAGCCCCUGACUGUGCCGUGGCGUCCCUAUGCACCUGAGCGAAAUGCUGCACCCCACUACGGUUUCCAAGCCGGUUAGUUUGGAGACAUGUCAGCAUCGAUAAAAGAAAGCCUUCAGCUUCAGCUGCUGGAGAUGGAAAUGCUGUUUUCAAUGUUUCCUAACCAAGGAGAAGUAAAACUCGAAGAUGUAAACGCCCUAACAAACAUAAAGAGGUACCUGGACGGCACUAGGGAGGCGCUCCCACCCAACAUCGAAUUUGUGAUCACGCUCCAAAUUGAGGAGCCCAAGGUGACAAUUGAUUUGCAAGUAACCAUGCCGCACAGUUACCCAUACGUGGCUUUGCAGCUGUUUGGACGGUCACCUGAACUUGACAGACAACAGCAGCUUCUUCUCAAUCAAGGUCUCAGUGCCUAUCUUGGGACUUUCGAUCCGGGUGAGCUGUGCGUGUGUGCAGCAAUCCAGUGGCUGCAGGACAACAGUGCAUCGUACUUCCUCAACCGGAAGCUGUCGGAUGAGCCGUCUGUACAGCCCAAGCCGGUCAAGAACACAUUCCUCCGAAUGUGGAUCUACAGCCACCACAUAUAUCAGCAGGACCUACGGAAAAAGAUUCUGGAAGUGGGGAAAAGGUUAGAUGUGACUGGAUUCUGCAUGACAGGAAAGCCUGGUAUAAUCUGUGUGGAGGGCUUCAAGGAUCACUGUGAGGAAUUCUGGCACACAAUCAGAUACCCCAAUUGGAAACACAUUUCCUGCAAGCACGCAGAAACUGUGGAGACAGAGGGGGACGGUGAGGACCUACGUCUCUUCCAUUCGUUUGAAGAAUUACUCCUUGAGGCCCAUGGUGACUAUGGGCUGCGGAAUGAUUAUCACAUGAACCUGGGCCAAUUCCUAGAGUUUCUCAGAAAACACAAAAGCGAGCAUGUUUUUCAGAUAUUAUUUGGAAUUGAAAGCAAAAGUUCAGAGUCGUAGAGCUCUAUUAAGAUGUCUACGCUUGGGGCUGGGGAUUUAGCUCAGUGGUAGAGCGCUUACCUAGGAAGCGCAAGGCCCUGGGUUCGGUCCCCAGCUCCGGAAAAAAAAGAACCAAAAAAAAAAAAAAAAAAAAAAAAAGAUGUCUACGCUUGUAAUUGCUUUAAGUAUUUACGUUCCUGAGACCAAAAUAAAAAGGCUAGUGACUGUAGAAUUCGGGGUGGAAAUCCUAGCUCUAGAAUUUUCUGACUGCUAAUGCUAAUGGGCCUUUUAACUUUCUACCAGUGUAACUGUGAUGUUUCCAGGUUGCUGUGUAAAGUCACACUUGAAUACCAUUUCAUUGUAAAUUAAUAAAAUGAUAUAUUUAACCAGA